CUUUUCUUCCAGGGAAGGCAGGAGACCGCAGAGCUGAAGCUGCAGGGGAGGGAGACGGAGACGGGAAGCGACUCGAAGCACGUCGACGUCUCGCCAGAGAAAACCGGGCCGGCUCUCUUUAGCGGAGACGUGCAGGACGAUGAGGCAGCGAAGAGGGACAGGGGGACGUGUGCUAACGGACGCAGACGGUCCAGGAACUCCCUGGAAAGCCUCUACAGCCUGAAGAGUGGACAGAGCUCCUCCAGUGGCGUCACCAGUGGGUCAAACUGCUCCAGUAACAGAGAGAGUCUGAGGCUGGAGGACGAUCCAAUGUUCGCACGGCAGUUCUGCUGCCGAGCGAGAGUUCAUACGGAGUUUGUUCCAAGUCCGUACGACAUGGAGUCGCUCACGCUCAAGGUGGGAGAUGUGAUCGACGUCAUCGCCAAGCCCCCCAUGGGGACAUGGACCGGCUCGCUGAACGGCCGAACGGGAAACUUCAAGUUCAUCUACGUGGACGUGCUCACACACACCUCUAGCACGGCCCUGCACGAAGCGAGCCAGAAGUCAACGGUGCAGGAGGCGUUGAGGCGCCUCGGGUUGGAGGAACACGCCUCGUCCCUGCAGCGCGGCGGUUACCAAACAGUGGAUGACCUGAGGAAGCUGAGGGAGAGCGACCUGAUGGAGCUGAACGUGACUCAGCCGGAGCACAGGGAACGUCUGCUGGCCGCUGUCAGCUCCCUGCAGCUACUGCACACCGACAGCCUGGCGGAGGACGAAUCCAGUCCGGAACCGGAGCGGUCCAGUGAAGACGCGAAGGGAGACGUGAAGAGCCGUCCCAGAGACUCGGGCUGCGUCAUGACGGAGGACACGCAGCCUCAUUUUCUCUCUGGAUACGCUGCACAGCCGGACGUCAAAGUGCCGUGAGGUUGGAAUCGCUGCAUUUUGCUAAUGAUCAAGUUCUCACACACGAACUGCCGUUUUUGUUUUUCCUUUUCAGACGAGCUUGUUCUGUAACGUGAUGCGUUUUCUGAAAUAAAGAUUUGAUGAACACGUUUUCUCACUGA